GGCCGAACGUGUCCUGGGCUGCAUCCAGAGUGGCGUGGCCAUCGCUAAGGGAGGGAUUCUCUCCCUUUAUUCCUCUCUUGUGAGACCUCAUCUCGGGUAUCGUGUCCAGUUCUGGAAUCCUCAGCACAAGAAGGACAUGGAGCUGUUGCAGCGGGUCCAGAGGAGGCUGCAAGGAUGAUCAGAGGGCUGGAGCACCUCCCAUACGAGGACAGGCUGAGAGAGUUGGGGCUGUUCAGCCUGGAGAAGAGGAGGCUCCGAGGGGACCUUAUAGCGACCUUCCAGUGCCGAAAGGGGCUACGGGAAAGCUGGGGUGGAACAGUUUACAAAGGUUUUAGUAGCUGAAGGAAAAUGAUGGAAGAGAGUGGAAUAGAGACGACUCCACCUGGCACACCCCCACCAAGCACAACAGGGGUGGUGACUGCUGCUGCUACACCUGUCUCAUUAGCUUUGUCCAGUCCUCUUGCUGUACCAAGCAUGCCAUCUUCUCCUGCAUACUCUCCACCCUUACCAGCUGGAGUGUCUCCACUUCCUCCUCCCAUGAUGACUUCAGCUUCUGUUCCACUUGUGCCUUCUGCAACGGUUUCUACUAUUGCACCUCCUCUAACUCCUGCCCCACCUCCUGCCCCUUCAGCUUUCACCACCUCCAUGUCCCAUUUCUCUACACCUCCUCCACUAAGCUCUACUACUGGCCCUGGUCUUCCUGCACCUCCCACUGGUCCCCCCAUUUCAGGAUUUUCUGUGUCUUCAACCUAUGACAUUACCAGAGGUCAUGCUGGUCGAGCACCACAGAGCCCACUAAUGCCAUCAUUUUCUGCGCCACCAGUCACAGGUGUUUUGGCAGAUCCUAUUACUCAACAAGCAACUUUCUCAUCACCUUUGGCUCCUGCAACUGGUUCUGCAAUCACUUUUCCUGAGGAGCAUGAAGACCCCAGAGUAUCUACUGCCCAACGCGGAGGACCUGCAGGAGGACUUUGGGGGUUUAUAAAGGGUGUAGCUGAGAAUCCCAUGGUGAAAUCUGUUCUUGAUAAAACCAAACAUUCAGUAGAGACCAUGAUCACUACGCUGGAUCCUGGCAUGGUUCCAUAUAUCAAAACUGGAGGAGAACUGGACAUAGUGGUUACUUCCAAUAAAGAGGUAAAAGUUGCAGCAAUUCGAGAUGCCUUUCAAGAAGUUUUUGGAAUGGCUGUUGUUACUGGAGAGGCUGCACAGUCUAACAUCGCACCCCAGCCUGUGGGCUAUGCUGCAGGUUUAAAAGGAGCCCAAGAAAGGAUAGACAGCUUGCGUCGGACUGGAGUAAUACAUGAAAAGCAGCCUGCUGUAUCAGUAGAAAACUUCAUUGAGGAGUUGCUUCCCGACAAAUGGUUUGACAUUGGAUGUCUGAUUAUUGAGGAUCCAGUUCAUGGAAUUCAUCUGGAAGCUUUUACCCAAGCAACACCAGUGCCUUUGCAGUACGUUCAGCAGGCUAAGAGUCUCACUCCUCAAGACUACAGUCUGAGAUGGUCAGGCCUGCUGGUAACUGUGGGCGAAGUGCUUGAGAAGAGCAUACUGAACGUCAACAGGACUGAUUGGCACGUAGUGUUCACUGGCAUGUCCCGUCGGCAGAUGAUCUACAGUGCAGCUAAGGCUCUAGCAGGAAUGUACAAACACCACUUACCACCCAGGACCGUGUGAAGGAAGGCUGAUCCAUGACACUAAGGAAUACUGGUUUUGAUUCUGGAAUUGAAAUGAAAGCUGCAUAUUCUAAUUCUCAGUGGAUACGUCACAGAUUCGUAAUCUAACUGUAAACUGUAUUUUACUUUUUAAGAAGUGAAGGUAAUUUCCAAUAGUGGAAAUAACCAAUUGCAAUUUUAACUACUAUAUGAUUUCAGUAUCAUUCACAAAACAGGAAAUAAGAAGAAAUGUAUAUUUAUAACUGGGAUAAACAGCAUUACAGUUUGUAAAGUGCAAUGUGCAAUUGUUACUUGACACCUUACUUAACGUUUGCUGAGAUAUUUUAGUUACUAUACUUUUUAAAAGAUGGGGAUCAUUGCUCAGCUAUUUCUAUUAUAUUAGUACUAAAAACAUGUUGACAAGAAAACAUGUAUGUUAUAUAUGCAUUUCAGUCCACAGAGACUACCUUCUCUGCAUUAGAUAUUUUCUUGGGGCCUGUGCGUAAAUGAUACCUAAUCUCAUACAGGUUUGGUGUCUGUAUAUAACAUCUCAGGAGUGAGUGCUGAGUAGUUUUACAACAUAAAACAGUGAGCUGCUGAAGAAGAGCACAAAUUUAUGCCCCGUUAGAUGAAGUUGUUGCUAAAUAAUUUUGUAAUCUCAUUAUCUGUGCUGUGUCUUUUUUUUCUUUUUAAGUAAUAGUCAUGAAAUUCCUGUCCAAUUAAAAUGCUAGACAAAUUUCGUGUAGCUUCAGUGGUUUUUAGAGUAGGUACUGCAUACACGUGAAAUUGUCGCAGCAGUUUCAACAACAUAAUUUACUCCAGUGCUUCCAAACUUCAUAGCUCAUAGGGAAUUACGUGAUUUCUUCUGUCCAGUUAUGGUUGUCAGCAAUUUGAUAAGGAAAUUUGUGAGAUGUGUAUCACUUGCUUUGCUGUUCUGGGUUUCCUAAACAUUUUUAAGUCUUAAAGCAUUCUUGAUGUCAUGAGCUCACUGUUUCUCAUAUAAGUCUUCAGUAUUGUCUGUUUGGGUUUUUUUCAUGGCUAUAAAUGUCCUCUAUCCAUGCUCACACAGUCUUCAAUCUUUAUUUAGAAAUAUGGAAGUAAUUGUGAAGAAAAUAUUUUGGUAAUAAUAGGGUUGUUUUUUUCAGGAAAUGUGGAAUAAACAAAUACUUUUUGUUUGCCUUAAAGAAGUUUUUUAGCUUAUAUUGCUCUGCCUUUACCUUUCUUAGAUGCUUUCAAAGCACAUUUUUAUAUACAAUAUGCUGUUAAGCCAUCUCAUAUUUGUACCCAGCGAAAGCCUGUCUAUUUCUGAAUAAUAUAGUUUGCCGUAAUUGGCUUACUUUGUAAAUCAGUUGAAUAAAUGUUUUUCCUAGAGGAUUGUAUCUAUUCUGAAGGUUUAUUUUUUUACAUAACUGAUGAACAUCUGAUUAUUGAAAUUAUAUUUACACAGUCAUGUUAUAAAUUUGGCACAUACUUAAAUGCCUGUCUUGCCUGAAAAAAUCCAAAACAAACGGAACCUGAGUCUUGCAGUCUGAGGUCUCUGGCUGGAAACUCUUCUUUCUAUUAUCAACUAAAAGGGUGGUACAGGAACUUCUGCUUGUCAUUGUCAGUGUAUUACAUAGCCUCUGCUUACAGCAACCUCCAUGAUGCAAAGGAAGAGGACAUGAAAUCAUCGGUAGGUUUAUGUACCCUGGAAUGAAUUAAAAUUGAAACUGAAGAAUAAUAUCCAUUGUCUUUCUCCCUUUCCUGGCCUUGGCCUUCACUGUUUUUCAGAGGUGAUAAGAGUGAAGGCAGAAGGCAGCUUCUCAUCUUGCACCGCUUGGUUCAUUGUGGUGGCAUUGGCCCAACAUUCCAGCAAUCUUAUGAGGCUGAUGAUGUGGCUGACUUUAAGGCUGCCCUGCCUUGCUUUAGAGAAUUUUUAGGUCUCUGUUCUGUAGAAAUUAUAUUCUUUAUACCAAAAUGAGAGCGACUGCCCGCUGCGCUCUCUGUACUUUCUUCUCACAGUUGGGUGCUGGGAUAUGAUGUGGUCAAGUGA